CAGUUCUCAGAGAAAGCAGAAGAACAGAAUCUAUAAAUGAGAGCUGUCCUCCCCCUGGGCUCUGGAGAGCAGCCUACAGCAUUCUGCUAUCAGGUGAAUGGGUCUUGCCCCAGGACAGUCCACCCGCUGGCCAUCCAGGUCAUCAUCUACCUUGCCUGCGCAGUAGGUGUGCUGAUCACAGUCCUGGGGAAUUUGUUUGUGGUGUUUGCAGUGUCCUACUUUAAAGUGCUCCACACACCCACCAACUUCCUGCUGCUCUCCCUGGCCCUGGCAGACAUGUUGCUGGGUCUGCUGGUGUUGCCCCUGAGCACAGUCCGUUCUGUGGAGAGCUGCUGGUUCUUUGGAGACUUCCUGUGCCGUCUGCAUACCUAUCUGGACACGCUGUUCUGCCUUACCUCCAUCUUCCAUCUCUGUUUUAUUUCCAUUGACCGUCAUUGUGCAAUCUGUGACCCCCUGCUCUAUCCCUCCAAGUUCACGGUCAGGACAGCCCUCCGCUACAUCGUGGCAGGGUGGGGGAUACCAGCAGCCUACACUGCUUUCUUCCUCUACACAGAUGUGGUGGAGAAAGCACUCAGCCAGUGGCUAGAAGAGAUGCCUUGUAUGGGCAGCUGCCAGCUGCUGUUCAAUAAGUUCUGGGGGUGGUUAAACUUCCCUGCAUUUUUUGUACCCUGUCUCAUCAUGAUCAGCUUGUACCUGAAGAUUUUUGUGGUGGCUACCAGACAGGCUCAGCAGAUCAGAACUCUGAGCCAAAGCUUGGCUGGGGCUGUCAAGCGGGAAAGAAAAGCUGCCAAGACGUUGGGCAUUGCUGUGGGCGUCUACCUUGUGUGUUGGCUUCCCUUCACUGUUGACACUCUGGUGGACAGCCUUCUUAACUUCAUCACCCCACCCCUGGUCUUUGACAUCUUUAUCUGGUUUGCUUAUUUCAAUUCAGCCUGUAACCCCAUCAUAUACGUCUUCUCCUAUCGGUGGUUUAGGAAGGCACUGAAACUCCUCCUGAGCGGGGAGAUGUUCUCACCAGCAACACCGACUGUUGAUUUGUACCAUGACUGAUUCUAGCAGGAAGGAGGACAAUGGUAUAGCCAUAGGCUAUGGUGUUCCCUA